GUUUUUUUCCCGUGAAGUCGUGAACCCAGAUCCCAAUUCUCUUUUCUUUCCUCUUCACUCUCUGAUAAGCCUCUGUCUUAAUUUCUUCACUCUCUGGCCAUCACCUCCAUCUCCUUCAUCUCGGCGUCGUCAACACAGGGAGAAAAUUGGAUCUUGAAAUCAGAGGGCACCUAAGGAGAUCGAGCAUCGACGUUCUUCGAUUUGUGUUCUUUGUCGGACGUCGGCGACGGUGGAGGACUGGCGAGCCUUAGACCUCCGAAGAUUCUUGCGCACGUCGUCGUUUUGGAUAUGGUCUUCGUUUUCCAGGUGUUCGUGUUCUUCCUGUGGGAUUUCAAGUUUUCAACUGUUUUCGGCGAGAUUUCGAGUAUUUGGGCUAAAAUAUACACAAGUCAGCUUCAGAAUGUGCUGGCCAGCUCGACGGUCAACUCAUUUUGAUCAAGCUGAUCUGCUUCUAAGCUAGUAAUAAAAGUUCCGGUUGUUUCUCCUGAUAAAUGCCUCUUUAUUCGUCUUACUUUUGUUCUUAUACAUCAUAGUCUAGCUCCUCCUCCUUCCUUCUGCCAGUGAUUUCCACCAAUACACCAUGAUCGGUCUCCUUCAAGGCUUCAACUCAUAAAGCAGAACAUGCACAAGUUCCAUCAGCCAGUUCCACCUAGAAAAAACUUAAACUAGUACCUUCAUCAUCUAACUUGAUAUGGAUGUGCCUUCAUCAUCUUCUUCCAACACUCACACAUUCCCUUCGUCAUCAUCUGGUUCAUCCUCUAAUUGGGAACAUGAUGUGUUCCUCAGUUUUAGGGGCGAGGACACCCGCAAUAAUUUUACAGAGCAUUUAUACCAUGCGUUCAAUCAGAAAGGAAUCAACGCAUUUAGAGAUACUGAAAAGCUUCCAAAGGGGAAAUUCAUUUCACAAGAACUUCUGAAAGCAAUCAAAGAGUCCAAGUUUGCUGUUACUGUUCUUUCGGCCAACUAUGCUACUUCAAGUUGGUGUCUGGAUGAACUAACACAUAUUGUUGAGUGCAAUAAAGUGAGGGGGCUGGAGGUUCUUCCGGUGUUUUAUCGUGUGGACCCAUCUGAGAUACGGAAGCAGACAGGAAACUACGGCGAGGCGUUUGCUAAGUAUUUGAAGGACAAUAUGAGACAGGUGGAGGAUUGGAGGAACGCAUUAAUGUAUAUAGGAAGUCUCUCCGGAUGGCAUGUGACACAGGACAGGAGGGAAUCGGAAGUUAUUCAAGAAAUAGUUGAUGAAAUUCUAAAGGUACUUAACAGGUUAACUGAUGAUCCUGAAAGAGGGUUAAUUGGAAUGGGUACCCGUAUAAAAGAAAUAGAGUCUCGCCUGGAUCUAGAGUCAAAUGGUGUUCUUACCAUUGGGAUUUGGGGGUUGGGGGGGAUUGGUAAGACCACUCUUGCAAGGGAAGUAUUCAAAAAGAUUCGUAACCAAUUUCAUGUUAGCGGCUUUGUUUCCCAUGUUAGAUCGCGAUCUGAGGUUGAGUUGCAGCAACGUCUUUGUGAAUCCUUUUUGGGGGAUGGCAAUUUUAACAUUGAUACUGUUGAAAAGGGGAUCAAGUUAUUGGAGAAGGCACUGAAAAAGAAAAAGGUUCUGAUCAUUCUAGACGAGGUUGAUAAUUUCAGACAAAUAGAAUGUCUAGCUCCUGGAGGCCCGCUUGGAGAGGAUAUUUGGGGAGGAGGGAGUCGACUCAUAAUAACAACUAGAGACAGGAGCUUAUUGAGAAACUUCAAUGUACAAGACAACAAGAUAUAUGAGGUUGAAAAAUUGAGAGAGGACGAAGCUCUUCAGCUGUUAUGUCAGACAGCCUUCAAGAAGGUCAAUCCCCCAGAGGAGUUUGCAGCGUUGUCCAAGAGUUUGCUGCAAUAUGCUUGUGGCCUUCCUUUAGCUCUUAAAGUUCUAGGGUCGACAACAUACUUGUCUAGACCAAAUGUAGAUGAAUGGUCAGAGAUAUUGCAUAGGCUAGACCAUGAUAAGGAUAAAGACAUUUUCAGUGUGCUGCAAAUAAGUUUUGAUGGAUUACAUGAGACUGAUAAGAAGAUCUUUUUGGACAUUGCAUGUUUCUUCAAUGGUGAGGAUCAUAUCCGUGUAAAAAAUAUAUUGGGAGGUUGUGGCUUUUCUUCCAAAAUGGGUAUAAGCAAUCUUAUUGACAGAUCUCUGAUUAAAAUUGAAGGAAAUAAACUGUGGAUGAAUGAUUUGGUACGGUGCUUGGGUUGGCAUAUUGUUCGUGAAGAAUCUUAUUCUUUUCCGGGUCAACGUAGCAGGCUGUGGCUUGACGGAAGUGCACACAUGUACGAAGGCAGAAGUUCAUGGCGUUCAUGGCGUUCAUGGCGUUUUGAGGACGCUCGUGACGUACUCAUGUACAAUUAUGGGACAUCAGCUGUUGAAGGCUUAUUCUUAAGCUUGCCUGAAAAAGAAGAAAUGUCAUUGAAGCAUGACCCGUUCUUGAAGAUGUGUGACUUACGAUUGCUGAAGAUUUACAAUGUGAACUUUCCGGAUGUGCACUUUGGAUGUGUCUCUGAAAAGUUAGGACUUUUGGAAUGGCACGGAUGCCCUCUAGAAUCUCUGCCAUCUGAUUUUAAAUCCAAGAAUCUGGUUGAAAUCAAGAUGCCUAGUAGCCGCAUUAAACAACUAUGGAAUGAAAAGAUAUCUCUGGAAAUGCUAAUACUCAUGGAUCUUUCCAACUGCCAAUAUUUAACAGUGACCCCGGACUUCAGUACGGUUCCGAAUCUUAAGCGGUUGAUCCUCCAAGGUUGUAAGAAGCUGUCAGAGGUAUACUUUACAAUGAGGGAUCUUCACCAUCUGGUUUUUUUGAAUUUAAAGGGCUGCACAAGUCUAAAGAGUCUCCCCCAAUAUAUCAGCAUGUCAUCCCUCCAAACUUUUAUUCUGUCUGGAUGUUCAGAACUCCAAGAGUUUCCAGAGAUUGGGGAGAAGAUGGAUACGUUAUCAGAACUUUAUCUAGAUGGCACGGCUAUUUCGGAGCUACCUGAAUCAAUCCAGCAUUUGAAAGGCCUCAUUUUGCUAAAUCUAAGCGGCUGCAGGAACCUUCUCAGUCUUCCAAGAAUCCUUUGUAGUAGUUUGACAUCACUGAAAUUUCUCCAUCUGUCACUGUGCUCAAGAAUGGACCGUCUGCCGGACAACAUAGGCUGCUUGGAACACUUGGAGGAGCUUGAUGCAUGUAAUACUGCUAUAAGAAAAGUGCCCAACUCCAUUUCUGACCUCAAGAAUCUUGAACUACUGUGUUUUCAUGGCUGCUGUGGACUCGCAGGUUUAGAAUUGCCAAACAAGUUCUCAGGUUUGACGUCUUUGAAAACAUUAAACCUGGGUGGAUGUAGUCUCACAGAAGGAGCAAUUCCCGAAGACAUCGGUGAUUUACUUUCACUGCAGAGUCUGGAUUUAAGUGAAAACAACUUUUUCACCAUACCUAAAAGCAUCUCUCAGCUUUCUGAGCUUACCGAAAUGUCUCUGUUCAAGUGUAGCAAACUACAGUCAUUGCCAAAAGAUCUUCUGUCAAGUAUAAGAAACGUAACUCUAGGCGGUUGUCCUGAGCUGAAAAAUUCUUCAUCUAGUUGGAGGGGAUAUCCACCUCAAAUGGGUUCGAGUAUCAUAAACUGUCGAAAACCAGAGGAGGAGGAGGCUGAAAUCUUUCCUGAACUCCAUAAGUUUCCUUUGGAAAAUCUGGAAGUACUCGAUCUUUCCUACUUCCAACAGUUGAAGAAGAUCCCAGACUUAAGUGGGGUUCCAAAUCUUAAGAAAUUGAACCUUGAAGGGUGUGUAAAGUUAUCAGAGGUUCACUCAACCAUUGGGUGUCUCCAGCAUUUGGUGUUUCUGAAUUUGAAAGGAUGUGUCGAUCUAGAGAGGCUUCCCGGUUCCAUCAGCUUGAAGUCUCUAAAAAUAUUUGUUCUUUCAGGAUGUUCAAAGCUUAAAGAGUUUCCAAACAUUAAGGGAGAUAUGAACAAUUUGUCACAACUGCAUUUAGAUGGAACGGCGUUAAGGCAUCUGCAAGUACCAGCGACGCAUUUGAAAGGCCUAAUUUUGAUAAGUCUGUCAGGCUGCAGGAACCUUCUGACUGUUCCCAUCGUAUUUGGUCUAAAAUCUCUCAAUCUGUCACGGUGCUCAACUUUAUCCAAAUUGUCACCAAGCCUGGCAAACAUGGAACAUUUGGAGGAAUUUGAUGCCUCUGAGACUGCUAUAAAAGGAUUACCCCAGUCCAUUUCAUAUAUGGAAAAGCUAAAAGUGUUAUCUUUCUGUGGAUGCAAAGGUUUGCAAUUGCCUAAAUGGUUCUCGGAUUUAAGGUCCUUGACAUCAUUAAAUCUACAGAGGUGUGGUUUAGCAGAAGAAGUCAUUGAUAGACUCUACAGCUUAUCUGUUCUUCAGAUUUUGGAUUUGAGUGGAAACAAUCUUUCGAUCAUACCUAAUGGAAUUGGUCGCUUAUCCUCCUUGAAGCUUUUGAAUUUGAGUGAGAACAAUUUUGACGAUAUACCAAAUGAAAUCGGUCACUUGUACUCUUUGCAGGUAUUAGAUUUGAGUGAAAACAACUUCAUGAGUCUACCUGAGAGCAUCUCUCAUCUUUCUGAGCUUACAGAACUACGCUUGUUUCGAUGUAGUAAGCUACAGUCCUUGCCAAAUAAUCUUCUCUUCAGUCUAAAACUUGUCCAUGCACAAGAAUGUCCUCUGCUGAACUAUAAUGCAGAUACCUUGACAAUAUGGCCAUCAGGAAGAGGGUUCUGUUUCAUAAAUUGCAGACAAUCUGACCAGGAUGAUGGUCAGCCAAAACACCUCAAAGUUCCAGUUCGCAAAGACCAUAUUGAACUACUAUUUCCUACAUACAUUAAGGACCGACUUUAUGGCAAAAAACCAUUUGAAAUUCGUUUUCCACACAGUACAAGAAUUCCAAAUUCGUGGAGUCGUUGGGAGAAUGGCCCUUCUGUGACAAUCCCACUCUCUGAUGUUAACAGUACGUGGAUGGGACUUGCUCUUUUUAUUGUUUUUGAAAUCCUUGAGCAAGACAUUUUCAACAAGAGCUGGGAAUUCGAGAAGACUGUCUGUGAAUUCCACACCGAGGUUGGACAUGAUACUUCCCUUGUUUUUCAAAACUUCAUGGACUUCACUACUGGGUCAUAUGGACUUUGUUGCUAUGAACCACGAGGUGGGCAAUUUAGUAGGUUGUUUGAUAAACCUAGCUCAUGGCUUCGAGCUUCAGUUUCAACAAAGAGACCGAAUUUAAAACUGAGAGGUUGCGGGAUACAUCUAAUAUCAGAGGAAGAUGCUGCAGAGUUUGUUCAAAGUUUAGCCUAUCAGACUGCUACUCAACAUCUUGAUUUUAAUUUUGAUCGACAUUGCGAGUGCAUAUUAGAUGAGGAAGCAACUGCUGACCUGAUGGAACAGGGAUCUACUUUAACUUUUAGUGAAGAUAGCUGCAGCGAAAUUAACUCUAAACUCAGAGGAGAGCUGUCUAUACUCUAUGAGGUUUUGUGUCUCUGUCUCUCUGUUUCUCUCUCCCAUAGAUAA